UCAUGGCCGGCGCAGAGGCAGUCUCAAGCUACCUGAGUAAAUGCAUUGCAGGCGAUGGCACGCCAAGCGCAACGACCAACGAGUCCGCUUCUCGCAUCACUAGCUUGCUCAUCGACAAACACGGCGGAGACCAAACUGACGCCUUUCGAGCAGAUGCCCGUCCAUUGAAGAAAGACAAUGCCGAGUUGCGCGAGCAGCUCUCGAGCGGGCAAGUAGACGAAGCGACCUUAGCUGCGAUGAUCAAUGAGGGGCCAUCAGCUUUCGCUAGCAAGCUUCAGCAAGCCAAGGACGAACAGACUGAGCAGGACAAUCUCGACGCGGCACUAGGUCGCGAUGCGGUCGAACCGCAGCCACUACGAGAGGAGGCGGGCGAAGGCGGCCUGAAGGACGCUGCUGGACCUCGCGUUGGUCCGAACAGCGAGCAAUUCGAUUACCGAUGA